AUGGAUGGGCCCACGGAGGUGUGGCCGCCUUUGCCACCAGGAUCUCCACCAAAAGGGCCGGCGGCGGAUCCCAGCCGGAGGGAGGACGACGCCUUUGAGGUGGACUACGCGCAGUCGCUCAGUUUCCGUGGGGACGGGCGCGUCGUGCCCAAACCUCAGGACUUUGACCACAUGAUGCGCCAGGCCGACUACUAUUUCGACUACAAGGGCUGGACGGAAACGCGAAACACAGGGACUUCUGGAAAGAAGAAAGGUGCCGGACGAGGUGCCCCCAAGGUGAAGACCACGGGCGAUGGCGGCAUGAAGCGCCGGCGUUAA